AGUUUCCACUGAGAAUCGGAGCGGAGUGCGCGUUUCUUUCCAAGAAAUGUAUUAGUGAAUGUAAUUUUUAUGUAAUCCACAUGAAAUGUGAACCUUAGUGAUGCGAAUGGGAAAACCAGACAUGGAGUUUUUAUGAUGGUGUUUAUCUAAAGCAAAAUAAAUUAGAAAAAAAACAAAUUUAAAAUGCUGAUCUCUUCUUCAUGACAGCCCUCUGACGUCACGUUAGAAGAUAGAGAAGUAAAAUGGCACUUUUCAACAACUCGUUUACGAGGACAUAUAACAGACUAUUCAUAGAAUUAGCUGAUCCUAGAACGAAUGACUGGUUUCUUAUUUCGAGUCCGGUUCCUGGAUUGACGAUUCUCGGCCUCUAUCUGUAUUUUUCGCUGAAAUGGGGUCCAAGGUAUAUGGCCGAUAAGAAACCAUUCCAACUUCAGAAGACUUUAGUCGUGUAUAACUUCAUACAAGUUAUUGUCAGCAUUUGGUUAUUCAAUGAGGGCCUUGAAGCAGGAUGGUUAAAAAACUACAGUUGGAAAUGCCAGCCAGUUGAUUUCUCGGACUCACCAGAAGCUAUGAGAGUCGCCCGUGGCGUCUACAUAUACUUUCUGGCCAAAAUGUCUGAGUUAUUAGACACGGUGUUCUUCGUCAUUAGAAAAAAGGAACGGCAGAUCACGUUUCUACACAUGUAUCAUCAUACGGUGAUGCCGAUGAUAUCAUGGGGCGCGACCAAAUAUUAUCCUGGCGGUCACGGCACCCUUAUCGGAGUGAUCAAUUCCUUUGUGCAUAUAAUAAUGUACUCUUACUAUAUGUUGGCGGCUAUGGGUCCUCGCUUCCAGAAAUAUCUGUUUUGGAAACGAUAUAUCACAACUCUACAAAUGCUCCAAUUCUGCAUAGCAUUUCUCCAUUCGGCGCAACUUUUGUUCUACGACUGCGGUUAUCCUCGUUGGUCCGUCGUCUUCACUCUACCCAACUCCAUUUUCUUCUACUAUCUGUUUUACGACUUCUACUACAACGCCUACGGAAAGCCCGGAGAAAAGAAACCCGAAAAAGAAAAGUGGACCAACGGAACAAUAAUCAAGAACGGUCACGUGAGAAAUGACUUUAAUAAAAUGGCAACGAAAAACGGUAUAAAAAAGGACUAAAUCUAGUUGUUUUAAUUUAAAAUCUAUUGUAAAUAUAAUAUAUGAAAUUAGUUCAAUAUGGUGGUUUGUUGAUAUCAUCAGAGGGUUUUUAAUAAGGUAACAGAAAUGGUGUAUAUAAAUAUUAGUAUUAAGUUUUAAUUAGCGUCGUUAAAAUUUUAUAAAAUCAAAAUCAUUUCCAUUGAAUAACAUCUCAUUCUAGAGUGUAGUCCACUAGUAACAUUUGGCUAAAAUCCAUACUUGCCCUAAAUUUUAAACAUCAAAUUCGGAAUAAAAUUCAACAUUGUAUUAUGUAUAAGCAUUGGUAGUUAGUGUAGUAAUUAAAACACUAGCUUAAACGAAAACAAUCGAACAUUAUUUCAUAAAAUUGUUGUAAAUAAAUCAUAAUUGAUUUUCUCGUAUGCCUUAAUGAGCAAAAAAUACUGUCUUCCAACUAUAUACGAUGUUGAAACAUUAAAAAAAAAAGUUAAAACAACAUUUAACAUAAUAUAUUAUCAUUAGGUUAAGAUAGUUUCUGGAAUAUACACAAGUUUUAAUUGCUGUUGGCUCUAAAGUGUUCAAGCAAUAAGUACCAGUAUGUGAAUGUAAAUAAGGCCUUCAUUUAUGAGUAUUAUUUAAUAAUCGCAAAUAAUGAAAAUAGUUUCAUAAUAUUUUUAAACUGCUGAUUACGAUAUGAUAAUUGCUACAACGCCGUGUGUAUGAACUUAAUCAUAUUAGAACAGUUCAUUAGGGUGCUGUCGAUUAGCGAAUUUAAAUAAAUUUUUGCACCCUCUCACCAUUUUUAACAUAAAGUUGAAAAUCGUUUAAUCUAUCGAUCCAUAUCCAUAAAUCAAUUUUUUUUUUUAAACAAGUGAUUGUAAUCUUCAAAUAUUGUUCUUUCGGUCCAUAGAUAGAAAAAUGAAUGUUGUUAUCACACAAAUUGUCAUAAGGACUUCUUUUUUUAAAAAAAGUGUUAAAACUAGAUUCUUUUCGAAAUUCUGUUCAGAUCACUCUGUUGUUCGUAAUAACUUAUAUUGCCAGUACUUUUUUGGAGUUUACGAUAUAAAUUCUUCCUGUUCGUACACUCUUGACAGAGUGGUCGUGGUCAUGCAUCAGUCGGAUACGACCUGCUCAUGACUCUCGUGGGAAAUUAGUGCAGUGGUUUCCCGUUGCCUUCUGCAACAGCAUUUUAGGGGGUAUUUGAGUCGUCUAUUAUCAAAGGUGGCAAUCUGUGCAUUUGGACAAAAAAAUGUUAUUGAUAUGUCAAUACAGAUUGAUUUGAAUAUAAUCGUCUCCUUCAAAGAAUACGGUUCAAAACCUGCAUUAAAUAAAGGUUAAUAGUUAACCUGUUAUUUAUCUAAGAUGUCGUUCCGAAGAGUUUUGUGACUGCCAAUGGAAUACAAAGUCAAUAAUUCGUUUUUCUGAUUUACCAAUAAUUGUCCAAUAGUCAGAUUGCCGGCUUUGAUAAUAGUCGACUCAUUUGAUCCCCAAGGUUUCUGACGCCUCUUCCGUACAGGUUGUUCUGACGGGUGUGUAUGGUUAUACCGCCAUUGCUCGGUUGCCAUUGCCCCGUUCGUUCUCUAGCAGGGAGCACCACGGCAACCUGUUGGUCGCCGCCACCAUCCGGCGCGUGCAGGUGGGGUUGACAAUAGGGCCGGUGAAGGUAGCAUUCCGAUCUCCCCUUACUCCCCCCUUACGACAUAAAUAUCGAUUCCAUUUUAUAGUCCUAGUACAUUUUAUAGCCCCUAUAUGUGAGGGGUAGUAAUAUCCUUGUUCUAUUGUUCAUUUAAAUUGAAUAAUCUACCUUACUAUUACUUACGACACCUAAACGGCAAAAUGUAUUAUUGAAUCCAAUUGUCGCGCCCUAUAUACUACCAGUUAGUAAAAUAAUUACUAGACAUUUUUAUAUUUUUAAUUAUGUAUGGAGUUAGUGUACCAAAAUUUUGGCAAAGGUGUCAAAGAUAUUAAAAUAAUAAUAAUUAGUUUUUAAAAUAUUACUUUGUACUCAUUCAUUUUAAUUAUUCUUAAUUGUGUUAGCGUUAUCUAACCAAAAUGAAGCCUGACAGAGUUACAUAAAUUUUCGUAACAUAUUUAUUGUAUACGUAUCUGGCAGCAUGUGCAUUAAUUAAAUAUAUAAUAUACAUAAAAACGUAUAAAUAUGUAAUAUUUUAUCGGAUAUAUAAUUAAAAUUGAAUAAACGUAAAUAUGUACAUGUUUUUUUUUGUACCGAAAGGCCAUAGACAUCUACAAUGUAAAUGCCGCCACCUACCUUGAGACAUGAGUUUUAAGGCCUCAGUUUUUACUGUACAACCGAUACUCCACCCUUCGAACUGAAACGCAUUACUGCAUCACGGCAGAAAUAAGCAGGGUGGUGGUACCUACCUGUGCGGACCCACAAGAGGUCCUACCACCAGUAAAAAACUAUAUAAAUAGAAUAACAGUACAUAUUAUUAUAUACAUAAAUACUUUCCAUGUUAUUAAAUAUGUGUUUACCUUUUGCAUGUAAUACGUCAAAUGAUAAUCGUACGGAAGAAGAUCGACUGUUGUGUGUCAGCACUAACACACUUUUAUCGAGUUCUCAUUUUCAACAGUAUGAUUGUACAAUCUAAAUUACCACGCUUCGAUCACUAUAGUCCUAUACAAGAGAGCGUCUUACCGUGAAUCCAUAGAAUUUAACAUCGUGUUUAAUCGGGUUGUAAAGGAAUGAUUAAGACGUAAAAUGCAAUUAAAAAUGUUACGAUACA